UCUGUAUUUUAACGGUUAUUUUGUAGCUGUUCCGAUAUGCACUUGUUCUUUUUAAAAAUGAAACCUGUUAUAUAAAUAACAGGUAUCUCAAAUAUGGCAUAAUGAAACAAACAAAAACUUGUGUAAGCUUUAGCUAGUCACAAAUGGCUGGAAAUUUCUGGCAGAGUUCACAUUUUCAACAAUGGCUGCUAGAUCGGCAAGAUUUGCUACGAGAGCGCCACCAUGAUCUUCAAAUUUUUCCAGAAGAAGAAUAUCAAAAAUUAAUGAUUUUCUUUGCUAAUUUCAUUCAAGCAAUUGGAGAACAACUAAAAGUUAAGCAACAAGUUAUUGCAACUGCUACUGUCUAUUUUAAGAGAUUUUAUGUCAGAAAUAGCUUGAAGUGUAUUGAUCCAUUGCUCAUGGCUCCUACUUGUAUAUUUUUAGCUUCUAAAGUAGAAGAAUAUGGUGUUAUUUCAAAUAGUCGUCUGAUUUCUACUUGCCAAACUCUCGUAAAGAACAAAUUUGCCUAUGCUUAUCCCCAAGAGUUUCCUUAUAGAAUGACUCAUGUUUUAGAGUGUGAAUUUUAUUUACUUGAAAUGAUGGACUGCUGUCUAGUGUUAUACCAUCCAUACAGGCCUCUAGUGUAUUAUGUAAAAGAUAUCAAAAAGGAAGAAGCUCUUUUACCUAUGGCAUGGAAAGUGAUAAACGACAGCUUACGAACUGAUGUUUGUCUUCUUUAUCCUCCUCAUCAAAUUGCAUUAGCUUGUUUACAUAUGGCCUGUGUUAUUCUUGGAAAGGAUUGUAAGCAAUGGUUUGCUGAACUGAAUGUAGACAUGGAAAAGAUUCUUGAAAUUACGAGACAGAUUCUUUCUCUUUAUGAUAUGUGGAAGCAGUUUGAUGAAAAGAAGGAAGUACCUGCUCUUCUUACUAAAAUUCCCAAACCAAAGAUACAGCCUACCAAUGUUACCAGGCCGACUUCACAAGGACCUGGUGGAACAUCUAAUGAUCCCAAUAAUCCUGUAACUUGCCAACCAUCUGCUGUGCGUGGAUAAAUUAUCACCUUCAAUGGAAUUCAAUGUUCCAAGCUCUGUAUAUAUGUAUAUAUAAUUUUAAUAGGCAUGGGAUAAAGAGAAAUGUGCAAAGUUAUGUUUAAAUCAAAGUUUAAGUCAGUGUUCUCCUAGAGGAAUAGUUUUUAAUUUAAUUCAAGACUGUCAUGUGGCCAUAUAAAGAAUAUCUACACUAUUAAAUCUCGCAUAUCUUUUUGAUUGUAAUCACCCUGGCGAAUUAAUUUUUUUUUCAAUCAACCUUUUAAAUUAUAGCUAUCCCCCACCCCCAAAUAAAUAUUUUAAGUGAUUGUUUCCUUUUUUCGUCAGCAAAAUGUUUAGACUAAAUUCGAAAUAAAUUUUUAAAGCCGAAGUUCUAACUGCAUGUUUGUUAAUCAUUUGAAAAAAUAUAAAUUGUUAGUUAGUCAUUAGAUUUUAUGCUGGUUAGUAAGUUGCUGCUUCACUUUAUACUGUAGUCAUUAUUACUCGGUUUCAUUUUGUCUUCAUUAAUUUCAAUUCAUUCUCUUUAUGCUUAAUAAGAACACAACCUUGUCAGUCUAUUAUAGCUCUUUCUUUUAUUGCUCCACCUAAGCCAUCUUAAAAGACUUUUUUUAAAUAGGUUAUUAGCUACCUAAUAAGAUUUUAUGCUGGUUAGUAAGUUGUCACUUCACUUUAUGUUGUAGUCAUUAUAACUAAGUUUCAUUUUGUCUUCAUUAAUUUCACUUCAUUUUCUUUAUGCUUAAUAAGAACACAAACUUGUCGUCUAUUGUAGCUUAGCUCUUUCUUUUAUUGCUCCACCUAAGCCAUCUUAAAAGACUUUUAAAUAGGUUAUUAGCUACCUAAUAAAAUUUUAUAUUGGUUCGUAAGUUGUUACAUCACUUUAUUUUUCAGUCAUUAUAACUAAGUUUCAUUUUGACUUCAUUCUCUUUAUGCUUAAUAAGAACACAAACAUGUCAGUCUAUUACAGCUUUUUCUUUCAUUGCUCCACCUAAGCCACUUUUAAAGACUUUUAUUUAAAUAGGUUAUUAGCUACCAAGUAGAUUUUAAACAACCUCAAUUUCAGCUACCAUUGAGUGUGCUUGUCAAAGUGGAAUCUGAUGUUGAGUGGCAAUACAACUUAAGACACAAAUAAAUCACUUAAUUUUGGAAAGGAAAUUGUGGUUGUAGCUUUAUGUUUGUAGAAUUGAAUUGAAUAUAGAGUUUAACACAAGGUCCAAAAAGGACAUAAUGCAGCACCAAACAAACGGUUUUUAAAAUCAUUUGAUUGCAGAUGUAUCAUGCAAAAUUUUGACAGUCUUAAUUGGUUUGUAGGCUACAAUCUACUAUGCACCUUAUUUGGUCACUUGCAAUUCCAAAGAGAAAGCGUUGGUUAAUACUCAGUGACAACAUAGAUUCUAAAAUAUUGUUUUUGUGUACAACGAGUGGCAUAUUUAAUAAAAAUUGCUAACAUAAAAUAUUUAUUGACGCUUUUUUUUAAAUCAUUGUUUUAUUUUAUGAAAGUUAUAUGGACAGCAAUAAAAAGAUGAUCCGCUAGGGUUUAAAUUAAUACAGAGGGCUGAUUAAUUUAUAAUUACAAAAUAAAUACUAAACAUACAGUAUAAACUGUAUAUUUCAUAACUUAAUAUGUAAGUGGACAAAGUACUGUUAGAUUUGGUAUAGUAAAUUCAUUCGGUCUAACUGCUUAAUAUACACACAAGUAAAUUUUUUUCUAUCAUACUUAAAACACUAAUUGGAUUCAAUUGUUAAUUCAAAUAAGGUUAAAAUAAUUAAUAAAAUUUUUUAUUAGUCACUAGUUUAAUAACAAACUUUGAACUACAUCAUGACACACAUGAAGUGCCCCCUCCCCCUCUGGGAAAACACUGCUUUUGUUUUAUUCUUGGUGAAUUGCUCAUUUUAUUGUGAUAUUGCUGCUUUUAUAUGACUCAAAGGUGUAAAACUUAAACCUAAAAAUAUAAUUGUGCUUGUUUUUAAAAUUAAAAUGAAUGUGCAAUAAUUUAAAAUAAAAUGUUAGUAUUG